AUGGCGCAGAUACCAGACAUUGUUCGAGAUUUCAAGCUCGAAGCACAUUUCCCCAAGGAGUCUACAACGGAAGUAGUCCACACUUUCCAGGAGUCAGAUCCAACUUCUAGAAGACGCCUUACGUCCAGAUCUGAGCACUGGAAACGAGAAAAACGAAUUGGACGUGGUGGAUAUGGCUCUGUCUGGCUAGAGAAGUGUAUCGAGGAUAGGCGAACAGAUGCCGCUGUCAAAACUUAUGCCGUCCGAGCAGUCAAAGAAAUUGAGAUAAAUACAGAACUUGGGCCGAUCGACUAUAUUCGUGAAUUGGAGGCGAUAGCUAGGUUCUCCCAUCAUCGGUAUCAACGAUAUUUCGUCAGGUCGUUAGGCUGGUAUGAAGGGCCGAGUCAGCUCUUCAUAGCAAUGGAAUACGUGGAACAGGGCGACCUAUUCACAUAUUUGAAAGUUUCAAAACAACCGCUCCCAGAGAAGGAAGUUGCGGAGAUCAUGUAUCAAAUUCUGGUAGGGUUGGACAUGAUGCAUGAAAAUAAAUUCGCGCAUCGGGACUUGAAACCACAGAAUAUCCUGGUAAAGUCUCACCCGCCGCGGGAGUGGUGGGUUAAGCUCGCGGAUUUUGGUAUUACUAAAAGGAUUGGUGAAGCCCACGGUCAAUCGACAACAAUGAGGGGUACUCCUAGAUAUUCCGCGCCCGAGUACUGGGGCUUCGUUGAGCGAGGCAGUCCAUAUGCUCGUGAUGUCUGGGCUCUUGGAGAGAUCAUGUUCGAAAUGUCCACCAAAAAACCAGUAUUUGCAAAUCCCGGUUUUCUCCAAAAAUAUACCACAAACUCACAUCAAUUUCCGGAGUCCCUGCUCACUGAUAACGGUAUCAGUCAAGCUGGCAUAGACUUUGUUGUUUCACUCAUGCGACCUAAUCCUAAUGACCGGAUGACCGUUGCAUCUGCUCUUUCAAGCUUGUGGAUAGAAUCAAGAUCAGUUUCGAUCCCUGAUUCUUCGACGACAACCAAGACCAAUUCAACCUCGAUGGCGGCUCAAAGCAGCACAAAAAGCUCAGAUUCAGUUGGAAUCGUGACGGAAGAACUUGCAUCAUGGACUACAAGAGCAUUCGAAAAGGCCUAUGAGAAUGACAACCAUGCCAGGUCUAGUCAUACUACUAGGUCAAAUCGGGUCAACCCCGCCCAGCAUACAAGAGACGCAUCUUAUUCACGGGGGUCAAAUGCUCCGGGCGCGGGCGGUCCACCACGCCCUGCAGCUCCAGGGCCCAAGCAGGGCCAGCCUCGUUCGCGAGAUAGAAGCCCGGGAAUCCGACAUCCAGGCGUUCCCUCACUCUCAAAAGUGCUAACGGGCACACUCGGCGGCUGGGCCAAGGACUCAAAAAUCGAAUAUUUGCUACUGGAAGGUAUUCCUCUAUUUGAGCAUGAUCGAUUUCGGAAGGCAGAGCCUAUAUUGCAAAAGGCUUCCAGAGAACUGAAGAAAAAAUUAGGCUAUCUAAAUGAUGUACAAGUCCUUCAAGUAACAUUUCAUUGUUUACACAUGGUUGGAUGCUGUCUCUUUAACUUGAAUCGCUAUAAAGAAGCGGAGAUCAGAUUGCAACAAGCUUUCAACAUGCAGGAGAAAGAACAGAAAGGAUCAGUGUUUUCUUUUCCGACGACAACUUCACCAGGGAAGGUCAUUGAAUACUCUAUCUCUCGGUUGCGCUAUAAUACCGGAGAGGAAUCUAUAAUCCAAUGGUCUCAAUUUCUGCACAUGGUCGGGUCUUGUCUUCUUAAGGUGGGCCGUUACAAAACUGCGGAGAACAUAUUGGAACAAGCUUUGGAGAUUCAGGAGAAAGUAUUAGGGUCCGACCAUCAUAUAACACGGUUAUCUCUCGAUAUGCUCCAAGAAAGGCUGGAAAUUACCUAUGAGCAGGACCAGUAUGAAGAGGAUAAAGACAAUGGAGAGCCUGGAGAGCAUGGAGAAGCUGAAGAAGCUAAAGAGGCCAACCAAGGUGAAGGGGGCGAGGAGGCGCUAGCUCCUAAGCCAAGGCGUAGCAGACUUUCGAGGUUUUUCAGGCCCGGCUUUUGA